GGGUCAUCAGAAACGAAGGAUGUGUGAAGACCAUCUUCAAGUUCAAGUAUUUUCACGUAUCAUAUCAUUUCAUAUCAAGCCUCAAAGAUUCGUGCUGCACUCAAGAAGCGACUGACUGACUUAUUGUGGUCCCUGGAUGCAGCGAUUAUGGUUGGCGAGGUGGAACUUGGGUUGGCCGCAGGAAGUAACCAAAUCCUCGCUGGCGACCAAACAAAGAUAGAGCGGUGGCCAAGUGCCGGACAAUGAUCCGACGAUUGACGAAAAGGGUCGAACGGCAAACGCGAAGAAAGUUAAGAGAUAACAAACUGAAGAAUCGAGAGAUAAAAGAUAAGAACAUUUAAGAAUAAAACAAAAAUCGAAUUUUCAUGUUUAAAUCACAAAACCAAAAUUAUCGAUAAAGAAAUUAAAGGAAAACCAAAGAGAGAAAAACCAAAUAUAAAGUAAAUUGCUACCAGUAAACGCUAGUCCAAAUCUUCACUAUAUGAAUAUAUGUAUACUAUAUAUAUUUAACUAAUAAUACUUCAAGAGAACACGCCAAUUGCCGCAACUUUACUCCAACCCGUAAAAAAGCAAAGAUUUCCAUUAAACGAACGCAAAAUACCAAAUACCUAACAACACAGCUUCGAAGUGUGCACAAUAACAAAGUAAAAAGUUAUUAACCAAAACCAAAGAAAGACACCCAAAUCAAAACCAAGACAAAUUAUUAUUAAACAAAACCGAAAACCGAAAGACAAUUAAGCAAAGUCGAAGAAAAACUGCGCCAAAGUCACGGCCAGCAAACACAAAGUACAACAAACAAACACAAACACAUACACAAGCAACAAGCAGCAAAAGCAACAGCAGUUGCGAAGUGAAGCGUUUCCACUGACCACGCCCACUCCCCGCGGCUGAGCAAUCCGCCCCUUGCAGCAAUUUUCCGAUUUGGCAGCGCAUCGUUUCCGAGAAAUCUUGCGUGCGCCGGGAAAACUGAAGCGCCAGUGUCGGUUGGUUAACAAGAGAACACCCAGAGUACACCCUCUUUUUUUUCGAGUGUGCGAACCAGUUUUUUUUUGUGUGUGACCCAAACCAAAGGCAAGAACAACAGCCACAACUGCACCAACUGUGAUGGGAGAUCAGCCAAAGGCAACGACAACCACCGGAGGAGCAGCUGGCCCAGUUCCUGAAGGCGACGCCGUGAUGGCCACCACCAACCAGGACGCACUGGCCAAGGGCGCAGGAGACGGUCCUGCCCAAAACGCUGCUCAGGAGCCAGGACAGGCGGAGCACGGUGAGCAAGGUGAGCCCGGGGAUGCUGGCGAUGGCGGCGACGAUGGCGCCACCGAUGCCGGGGCCAGCUCGCUGCCCCCAUCUGAGAUUGGUGGGCGAGCGCCCCUGGACACGGCCUGCUCGGACGCCGACGGAGGAGCCCCCUCCAGCCUGGCCGGCGGAAUUGUGGGUCCGCCCAGCCCGCUCACCGGCUGCUACCUCCUCAUCGUCCUGGGCGAGCCGCACUCCGAGGAGCACAAGGACAAUAUCUUGCAGCAUCUGCUCAAGGGAUUCCUCUCCUGGGACGUUUCCGAUUGUCACGUCGAUUUGGAAGAGGAGCUCAAUACAAUUACACAGCAUGCGCCCGAGGGCGAGGAGGCUCGUCACGGCGAGCGGCUCAUCCAGUAUGCCAGCGAGAAUCUGGUCACGGAGGUGCUCAUCCACCCGCAGUACAAUACGCUGAUCCAGUGCAUGCGAAACCUGCUUAGCAGUUUCACCCGCCACCGGCACAUCAUCCACGCCGGCUACACCUUCAGUGGCAAUGGUUCCUGGAUAUUGCAGGACGGAACCUUCUCGGUGGCGGACUUCUCUGAGGCCUUCCAGGAGCACGACGUACAAAGGGUGAUUCGGGCCUAUGCCGACACCAUCACCAUGAACAUUCACUGCGCGGACGCGGGUCUAUGGCACACAUUGCCCGAGAAGGCCUUUGCCCGCCAGUGCCGGAUACGGAUCAAUCCCGUGGACGUCCUGGACACGAGCAGCGAGUGCAUCAACGGAUUCAUUGAUUACCUCGCGCCCAUGGUGAUGCCAACCUCGCUGAGGGAGCUGCUUGAGACCUCGGACGUGGUGGGCAACAUCCGCUUUACCCAUCCAACGUUAUAUGUCUUCCCCGGCGGCCAGGGUGACGCGGCGCUUUUCGGGAUCAACGGCUUUAACAUGCUUGUUGACGGUGGCUUCAACCGGAAGGCGUGCUUCUGGGACUUCGCCCGGCACCUAGACCGACUGGACGCGGUUCUGAUGACCCGCUUGAACAACAGCAACGUGCAGGGUCUGGGAGCGGUCGUGUCGCGCAAGCGGGACGCUCACGUCUACCCCCAGAUCGGGCACUUUUUCGGCAAUGUACCUGACCGCAAGGGGCUGCCCAGCCCCGACGGCGAUAAGGACCGCGAUCCACUUCUGAUCGAUUUAUUCGAGCGUGGGCACGGUAUCGUUAGUGACCUGAAGGCACUGGAUCUAAAGCCACAGGGCUGCUACCGCAACCAGGAGCCGGUCAACCUCUAUCACAAGGUCGGCCACGGCACUCUGGAUAUGUAUGUGAUAAGUCCAGCGCGUGACUCAAAGGAAGUGAAGGAGUUUCUCCAGAAGUGGCAUGCCGGCGACCAGCGGCUCUUUGCCGCCCGGGAUUCGCGCGACUUUAACUUCCCACUGCAAAACUUGGUAUCUAUUUGUGCCCUGCUUGUUUGGCAGCCAGCCAACCCGGACGACACUAUCACUCGCAUUCUCUUCCCGGGUAGCACACCCGACUUUAAAAUCCAGGAGGGCCUAGAAAAGCUAAAGCAUCUGGAAUUCAUGAAGCACUCCACAUGCACAGCAAAGUCAAUUGCCCCAGCCAUCCAGACCGUGACCUCAACUCGCAAGAGCUUAAAAUCGGCCAUCGAAGCGACUCCAGCCCCGCCCAGCGCCAGUUACAAGACUACAAAGUUCAGUCCGGUGGCAAGUGCCGCUCUUGCCGUCCAGCAUCCGCAGCAGCAGGAUAACAAAGCAAAGGAAGCUGCGGCUGCGGCUGCUGCUGCUGCAGCUGCUUCUGCAGCUAUUAUUGCCCGGGCCAAAGCCGAUUCCAUGGACACGGAUGCUGAACCGGAACACGAGGCAGACCCCGAACCUGCUGACACUGGGGACGAGGCUGGUCCCACAGAGCCGGAGCCUGAGGCGGAGACUGAACCCGAACCCGAACAUGAACCCGAAGCGGAGCAGGACAAAGAUGUUGGUGAGGAGAAGAAAGUGGAAGUGUUAAUCAUGAAGCCCCAGCAGGCGACAGUACCUGCAGUAGUCGCAUCAUCUGGUAAGGAUGGAGUAGAUGCAGCUUCUGCCGAUGCUACGCCCACCGGCAAACUGAGCAAAGCGUCAGCCAAGGGCAAGGCGGAUAAGCCGCGGGCUGAGGUUAAGCCGGUGGUACGCUCCCGCAUCGACACCAAGCCCCCCAAGUCCAUGGACCGGAAACUAGCCAAACGGGAUGAGAAAAAAAGCUCGCCCACAGCUACGCCGGCUGCCAGGGCACCCGUUGCCCGAGAUGCCAAGCCUAAAGUUUUGAGCCGCCCAGCAACCAAGUCCAGUCCCAGUAGCACUCCUGCUAAGAGUGCCAAGGAGGCCAACAACCGGAAGGUGCUCGAGUCCAAGCAGCAGGCGGCUCGAGUGCAGGCCACCAGCACCGUCUCUAGGCGAGUUACAAGCACUGCCAGUGAAAGGCGAGUCCAACAGCAGACGGAAGCAAAGACAGCGGUUACUGGGGCCACCCAAGCGACCCAGAGGAAACCAAUCUCAAGGAGACCUCGUGGCGUUUCGCCCUCGAAGCGGGCACCAGCACCCGGAAGUCCGGUGAAGCAGGCGAAGCCAAAGGCGGCAGACUUAAAAAAGGCACGUUUGGACAAGGGAGGCACCACCGACUCUAGUCUGGUGUCCACCCCCUCCGCAGAUGAAGCCACGGCUGCCAAGAAACUUCAAGAUCUAACCGCUUCUCAGGAACUGGACGCAGAGAAGCAGCGUGAGUUGGACGACCUUAAGGAGGAGCAGGAGGUGGUACGGGAAAUAGAAGCGGUGUUUAGUCGUGAUGAAAUGAAACGACAGCAGCACCAACAGAUCAAGGCCGAGCUCCGAGAAAUGCCUGCCGAAGGAACCGGCGAUGGUGAAAAUGAGCCUGAUGAAGAGGAGGAGUACCUGAUCAUCGAAAAGGAGGAAGUGGAGCAGUAUACCGAAGACUCGAUCGUUGAACAGGAAAGCAGCAUGACCAAGGAAGAGGAGAUCCAGAAGCACCAGCGCGACUCACAGGAAUCAGAGAAGAAGCGCAAGAAGAGCGCCGAAGAGGAGAUCGAGGCGGCCAUUGCCAAAGUAGAAGCCGCUGAGCGUAAAGCGCGACUAGAGGGUGCCUCUGCGAGGCAGGAUGAAUCGGAACUGGACGUUGAUCCGGAGCAGAGCAUGAUAAAAGCUGAGGUGCAGGAUAUCAUUGCCACUGCCAAGGAUAUUGCCAAGUCACGCACCGAGGACCAAUUGGCGAAGCCCGCCGAGGAGGAGCUCUCAUCGCCAACCCCCGAGGAGAAGCUAAGCAAAAAGACUUCGGAUACGAAGGACGAUCAAAUCGGAGCCCCAGUAGAUGUUCUACCAGUCAAUCUUCAAGAAAGCCUACCCGAAGAAAAGUUCUCGGCUACCAUUGAGUCGGGGGCCACCACUGCUCCUACACUACCCGAGGAUGAACGAAUUCCGCUGGAUCAGAUAAAAGAGGACCUCGUGAUCGAGGAGAAAUAUGUGAAGGAAGAAACCAAGGAAGCGGAGGCCAUCGUGGUGGCCACCGUACAGACUCUUCCCGAAGCAGCUCCAUUGGCAAUCGAUACCAUCCUUGCCUCCGCCACCAAAGAUGCCCCCAAAGACGCCAACGCUGAGGUUUUAGGCGAGCUGCCCGACUCAGGCGAACGAGUGCUGCCCAUGAAGAUGACAUUUGAGGCCCAGCAGAACCUCCUGCGCGAUGUCAUCAAAACGCCUGACGAAGUUGCAGAUUUACCCGUCCAUGAGGAAGCCGAUCUUGGGCUAUACGAGAAGGACAGUCAGGACACCGGCGCCAAAAGUAUCUCCCAUAAAGAGGAGUCCGCGAAGGAAGAAAAGGAGACGGACGACGAAAAGGAGAAUAAGGUAGGAGAGAUCGAAUUGGAGGAUGAACCGAAUAAGGCGGACAUCUCUCACGUACUACUCAAAGAGUCAGUACAAGAAGUGGCCGAGAAAGUCGUGGUUGUUGAAACUACAGUGGAGAAAAAGCAGGAGGAGAAGCUGACCCUCGAAACCGAGAAGAUUGUGGAAGCCACUACAGUCACUACCCAAGAAAAGCAGGCAGAUCUAAUGGGGCAGGUAAAGGAUAAAGAAGAGCAUGGACAAAAAGUAGAGUCUGGAAUCAUUACCGAAAAGGAAGCCAAAAAGUCGGCUAGCACUCCCGAGGAAAAGGAGACCAGCGACAUUACAUCCGAUGAUGAGCUUCCAGCCCAACUGGCGGAACCGACCACUGUGCCACCCAAAUCAGCUAGAGACCGCGGAGACACCGGCUCCAUUGACAGUCCCCCCACCAUUGAGGAGGCCAUUGAAGUAGACGUGCAAGCCAAGCAAGAAGUCCAAAAACCUGUGCCAGCUCCGGAGGAGGCUAUCAAGACGGAAAAGUCACCACUUGCCUCAAAGGAGACCUCCCGACCUGAAUCUGCGACAGGAAGCGUCAAGGAAGACACUGCGCAGCCGGAAUCCAAGAAAUCCCCAGUACCCUCCCGACCUGAAUCUGAGGCAAAGGAUAAGAAGUCUCCACUCGCUUCAGGAGAAGUUUCUCGACCGGAAUCUGUAGCGGAAAGCGUCAAAGAUGAAGCAGGAAAAGCAGAGAGUCGACGAGAAUCCAUUGUCAAAACUCAUAAGGAUGAAAGUUCUCUUGAUAAAGCAAACGAGCAGGAAAGGCGUCGCGAAUCUCUUGCGGAAAGCAUCAAGCCAGAAAGUGAAAAAGAUGAAAAGUCUGCCUUGGCAUCGAAAGAAGCCUCUAGACCAGAAUCUGUGGCAGAAAGCAUAAACGUCGAGGCAGAAAAGUCAAAGGAGCCGUCCCGCCGCGAAUCCAUCGCAGAAAGCUUAAAGGCGGAGAGUACGAAAGAUGAAAAAUCUGCUCCUCCCUCUAAAGAAGCUUCGCGGCCAGGAUCAGUGGUAGAAAGUGUUAAAGGUGAGACUGAAAAGUCGAAGGAACCAUCGCGACGGGAGUCAAAUGCUGAAAGUGCCAAGCCCGCUAUUGAAUCUAGGGAAGUCUCACGACCCGAAUCGGUAAUUGAUGGUAUCAAAGACGAAUCUGCGAAGCCCGAGAGUCGUCGUGAUUCCCCCCUUGCCUCAAAAGAGGCUUCCCGGCCAGGUUCUGUAUUGGAUAGCGUCAAAGAUGAACCAAUUAAAUCCACAGAAGAGAGUCGCCGUGAGUCGGUGGCGGAAAGCGUCAAAGCAGAUAGUACAAAGGACGAAAAGUCCCCACUUGCGUCCAAGGAUAUAUCGCGACCAGAAUCGUCUGUGGAAAAUGUGAUGGAUGCAGUAGGAACAUCUGCAGAGCGGUCGCAACCAGAAUCCGUAACUGCCUCCAGGGAUGUCUCUAGACCGGAAUCAGUAGCGGAAAGUGAAAAGGAUGACACUGACAAACCUGAAUCUGUUGUGGAAAGCGUUAUUCCUGCUUCCGAUGUUGUUGAAAGCGAGAAAGAUGCGGCUGAUAAAGAAAAAGGUGUUUUCGUAUCAGUUGAAAGUAGAAAGCCAGAUAGCCCUUCUGAGGCCAUCUCCAGGCCAGGAUCCGUAGUAGAAAGCGUAAAGCCUGAGAGCCGGCGUGAGUCUUCUACUGAAAUCGUUAUUCCAAGCAAUACAAAGGACUCCAAGGAACCAUCCAGACCAGAAUCAAAAGUAGAAAGCCUUAAAGAUGAAUCUGAAGUAUUAAAGAGUCCUUCCCGACGAGCGUCUGUGGCAGAAAGCGACAAAUCUUCACAGCCAUUAAAGGAGGCUUCUAGGCCAGAAUCCGCUGUGGGUAGUUUGAAAGAUGAGGGUAUGUCAAAAGAACCAUCUCGACGUGAGAGCGUAAAAGAUGGAGCUGCCCAAUCACCACGGGAGACUUCUCGUCCCGCGUCCGUUGCAGAAAGUGCCAAGGAUGGGGCUGAUGAUCUAAAGGAACUGUCUAGACUCGAAUCGACGACCCAAAUAUAUGAAGAGGGAAGUAUAAAAGAUGAAAAAUCACCUUUGGCCUCCAAGGAAGCUUCGAGACCAGCAUCCGUUGCAGAAAGUGUGAAGGAUGAAGCUGAGAAGUUCAAGGAAGAAUCAAGGCGAGAGUCGAUAGCUGAAAAAUCACCUUUGGCCUCCAAGGAAGCUUCCAGACCAGCAUCCGUUGCAGAAAGUGUAUUAGAUGAAGCAGAGAAGUCUAAGGAACCAUCACCUUUGGCCUCUAAGGAAGCUACCAGGCCCACUUCCGUUGCAGAAAGUGUAAAGGAUGGAGCUGAAAAGUCCAAGGAAGAAUCAAGGCGAGAGUCGGUGGCCGAAAAGUCACCUCUGGAAUCUAGUGAAGCUUCCAGACCAGCAUCCGUUGCAGAAAGUGUAAAGGAUGGAGCUGAAAAGACCAAGGAAGAAUCAAGGCGAGAGUCGGUGGCCGGAAAGUCACCUUUGGCCUCUAAGGAAGCAUCCAGACCAGCAUCCGUUGCAGAAAGUGUAAAGGAUGGAGCUGAAAAGUCCAAGGAAGAAUCAAGGCGAGAGUCGGUGGCCGAAAUGUCACCUUUGGCCUCUAAGGAAGUAUCCAGACCAGCAUCCGUUGCAGAAAGUGUAAAGGAUGGAGCUGAAAAGUCCAAGGAAGAAUCAAGGCGAGAGUCGGUGGCCGAAAAGUCACCUUUGGCCUCUAAGGAAGCAUCCAGACCAGCAUCCGUUGCAGAAAGUGUAAAGGAUGGAGCUGAAAAGUCCAAGGAAGAAUCAAGGCGAGAGUCGGUGGCCGAAAAGUCACCUUUGGCCUCUAAGGAAGCAUCCAGACCAGCAUCCGUUGCAGAAAGUGUAAAGGAUGGAGCUGAAAAGUCCAAGGAAGAAUCAAGGCGAGAGUCGGUGGCCGAAAAGUCACCUUUGGCCUCUAAGGAAGCAUCCAGACCAGCAUCCGUUGCAGAAAGUGUAAAGGAUGGAGCUGAAAAGUCCAAGGAAGAAUCAAGGCGAGAGUCGGUGGCCGAAAUGUCACCUUUGGCCUCUAAGGAAGUAUCCAGACCAGCAUCCGUUGCAGAAAGUGUAAAGGAUGGAGCUGAAAAGUCCAAGGAAGAAUCUAGGCGAGAGUCGAUAGCCGAAAAAUCUCCUUUGCCCUCCAAGGAAGCUUCCAGACCAGCAUCCGUUGGAGACAGUGUAAAGGAUGAAGCUGAAAAGUCCAAGGAAGAAUCAAGGCGAGAGUCGGUGGCCGAAAAAUCACCUUUGGCCUCUAAGGAAGCAUCCAGACCAGCAUCCGUUGCAGAAAGUGUAAAGGAUGGAGCUGAAAAGUCCAAGGAAGAAUCUAGGCGAGAGUCGAUAGCCGAAAAAUCUCCUUUGCCCUCCAAGGAAGCUUCCAGACCAGCAUCUGUUGGAGACAGUGUAAAGGAUGAAGCUGAAAAGUCCAAGGAAGAAUCAAGGCGAGAGUCGGUGGCCGAAAACUCACCUUUGGAAUCUAAGGAAGCUUCCAGACCAGUAUCCGUUGCAGAAAGUAUAAAGGAUGGAGCUGAAAAGUCCAAGGAAGAAUCCAGGCGAGAGUCGGCGGCCGAAAAGUCACCUUUGGAAUCUAAGGAAGCUUCCAGACCAGUAUCCGUUGCAGAAAGUAUAAAGGAUCAAGCUGACAAGUACAAGGAAGAUUCUAGGCGAGAGUCGAUAGCCGAAAAAUCUCCUUUGCCCUCCAAGGAAGCUUCCAGACCAGCUUCCGUUGCAGAAAGUCUUAAGGGCGAAGCUGAAAAGUCUAAGGAAGAAUCACCUUUGGCCUCUAAGGAAGCUUCCAGACCAGCAUCCGUUGCAGAAAGUGUAAAGGAUGAAGCUGAGAAGUCCAAGGAAGAAUCUAGGCGAGAGUCGAUAGCCGAAAAGUCCCCUUUGACCUCCAAGGCAGCUUCCAGACCAGCUUCAGUUGCAGAAAGUUAUAUAGAUGAAGCUGAGAAGUCGAAGCACGAAUCUAGGAGGGAGUCGAUAGCCGAAAGCGGUAAGGCGGAGAGUAUCAAGGGUGAACAAUCUCCUCUAGCAUCAAAGGAAGUGUCAAGGCCCGAUUCUGUUGCGGAAAGCGUUAAGGACGAUGUUGUUAAGCCAGAAAGUCGGCGCGAAUCUGUUGCAGAGAUUGUUACACACAAAGAAGCUAAGGAAGAGAAAUCACCUUUGAAGGAAUUUUCACGACCAGAGUCUGUGGCGGAGAGUGUUAAAGACGAUCCUGUCAAAUCCAAGGAACCAUCCCGUCGAGAAUCUGUAGCAGGAAGUGUCACAGCGGAAGGUGCUCGAGACGACACAUCUCCUUUUGCGUCAAAGGAAGCGUCAAGGCCAGAAUCUGUGGUUGACAGCGUUAAGGACGAAGCUGAAAAGCAAGAAAGUCGUCGCGAAUCUAAAACAGAUAGUGUUGCACCAUUGUCUAUGACGGAGACUAUUAGGGAAGACGCCGACCAACCCAAAAAGCCAUCACAAGGAGAAAGUCGAAGAGAAUCGAUUGCUGAAAGCAUAAAGGCCUCCAGUCCUAGGGACAAGGAGUCUCCAUUGGCUUCGGAAGAUGCCUCUAGGCCACGAUCUGUAGCUGAAAGUGUUAAUGACGAUCUUGAUAAACCUCAAUACAUUAAGGACGACAAGUCCACAGAGCACUCCCGACUCGAAUCACUAGCGGAUAAGUCUGCUGUUCCAUCAGAAAAGUUUGUUUCUCGACCAGUAUCUGUGGCCAGUGACCAUGAAGCUGCCGAAGCUGUUGAGGAUGAUGCAAAGAGUUCCAUCUCUCCCAAAGAUAAAUCCCGUCCAGGUUCUGUUGCUGAAACUGUAUCAUCUCCAAUUGAGAAAGCACCAAUAGAGUUCUCAAAGAUUGAAGUCGUAGAAAAGUCCAACCUAGCUCUUAGCCUACAAGCUGGCUCAGGUAAACUGCAAACGGAUUCUAGUCCUGUUGACGUGGCCGAGGGAGACUUUUCGCAUGUGGUCGCUUCGGUUUCCACCGUCACGCCCACACUUACGAAACCUGCAGAACUCGCAAAGAUUGGUGCAGCUAUAACGGUCUCGUCUCCUGUAGACGAGGCUCCAAGAACUCCAUCUGCGCCAGAGCAUAUAUCCCGAGCAGAUUCACCCGCAGAAUAUGCGAGUGAAGAGAUUGCCAGUCAAGACAAAUCACCACAAGUUUCGAAGGAGUCCUCACGACCAGCGUCGGUUACAGAAAGCAAAGAUGACGCUGCGCAGCUAAAAAGUUCUGUGGAAGAUCUUAGAUCUCCAGUUGCCUCCACGGAAAUUUCUCGCCCAGCAUCAGUGGGAGAGACAGCAUCAUCGCCCAUUGAGGAAGCACCCAAAGACUUCGCGGAAUUUGAGCAGUCCGUGAAAGCAAUGCUGCCCUUGACUAUUGAACUGAAGGGUAGUCUCCCAACGUUGUCGAGCCCUGUAGAUGUGGCUCAUGGUGACUUCCCCCAGACUUCAACCCCCACAAGCUCCCCAACUGCAGCUCCAGUCCAACCAGCUGAACUCUCUAAAGUCGACAUUGAGAAGACAGCAUCAAGUCCGAUAGACGAGGCUCCGAAAUCAGUACUUGGAUCUCCGCCAGAAGAGCGUCCAGAAUCUCCUGCAGAAAGUGCCAAGGAUGCAGCUGAAUCGGUGGAAAAAUCCAAGGAUGCAUCACGUCCACCAUCUGUAGUUGAAAGCACUAAGGCGGAAUCGGUGUUGGAAGGACCAAAGGAUGAUGUUGAAAAAUCUAGGGAAUCAUCGCGUCCGCCAUCUGUUUCAGCAAGUAUUACGGGGGAUUCCACUAAAGAUGUCUCCCGACCAGCCUCAGUAGUAGAAAGUGUUAGGGAUGAGCAUGAUAAGGCAGAGAGCCGUCGAGAGUCAGUUGCUAAAGUGGAAAGUGUUGUUGACGAAGCCGGCAAAUCUGAUUCCAAAAGCGCUAGUCAGGACAGUCAUAAAGAUGAAAAGUCAACCCUAGCAUCGAAAGAAGCCUCUCGAAGAGGAUCCCUUGUGGACAGCUCAAAAGAUGACGCUGAAAAGUCUGAAAGCUGUCCAGAAUCGGUCAUCGACAGUGCAGAGCCAGUCCCCAGGGAAUCGAAAUCCACCCUGGACUCAAAGAAUACGUCUCGUCCAGGCUCAGUGGUAGAAAGCGAUACAGCUGAAGCUGAGAAGUCUGAGCAGCAAUCCCGUCGGGAGUCUGUAGUGGAAAGCGUCACGGCAGAUAGCAAAAAAGAUGGGAAAUCUCAAGAAGCAUCCCACCCAGCCUCUGUCGAUGAACUUCUAAAAGACGAUGAGCAAAAACAGGAGAGCAGGCGGGAAUCAAAAGAAAUUUCAAGGCCGGAGUCGGUUGUAGAGGAUAAAAAGGAGAAACCCGAUAGUCGUCGUGAAUCCGUUACCGAAAGCGUUAAACUAGACAGCUCCAAUGAUAAAAAAUCUCCCCUCGGCUCCAAGGACGCCUCCAGGCCGGGAUCCGUUGCCGAUAGUGAUAAGGAUAAAGCUGACAAAUCCAAAGAGCCAUCCCGACCAGAAUCCGUCGCAGAAAGCAUAAAGCAUGACAGUACAAAGGAUGAAGAGUCUCCACUAGUCUCCCGGCGAGAUUCCAUCGCAGAAAGCAUCAAGACAGAUAUCACAAAGGGCGAAAAGUCCCCUUUGCCGUCAAAAGAGGUCUCUCGACCUGAAUCCAUCGCAGGAAGCAUUAAAGAUGAAAAGGCUGAAAGCCGUCGUGAAUCUGUGGCAGAAAGCGUAAAGCCGGAAAGUGCAAAGGACGCAACAUCAGCUCCACCAUCAAAGGAACAUUCUCGACCGGAGUCCGUUUUGGGAAGCCUCAAGGAUGAAGGCGAUAAGACCACAAGUCGCCGCGAUUCGGUGGUUGACAGUAUAAAAGAUGAGAAGUCCCUUCUUGUAUCACAAGAAGCUUCCCGGCCAGAAUCUAAGGCAGAAAGCUUAAAAGAUGCGGUUGCACCGUCGAUGGAGACCUCUCGUCCCUCAUCUGUUAUAGAAAGCGUCAAGGAUGGAAAAUCCCCAGUCGCAUCCAAAGAAGCAUCCAAAGAAGCGUCCAGAGCAGCAUCCGUUGCAGAAAGUGUCAAGGAUUCGGCUGAUGAAUCAAGGGAACAAUCUAGACCAGAGUCGUUGUCCCAAAGCAAGGCUGGAAGUAUUAAAGAUGAAAAAUCACCUUUGGCCUCUAAGGAAGCAUCCAGACCAGCUUCCGUUGCAGAAAGUGUUAAAGAUGAAGCUGAGAAAUCUAAGGAAGAAUCAAGGCGAGAGUCGGAAGCCGAAAAAUCUCCUUUGGCCUCAAAGGAAACUUCCAGACCAGCUUCCGUUGCAGAAAGUUUUAAGGACGAAGCUGAGAAGUCUAAGGAAGAAUCACUGUUGGCUUCUAAGGAAGCUUCCAGGCCUACUUCCGUUGCAGAAAGUGCUAAGGACGAGGGUGAGAAAUCUAAGGAAGAAUCUAGGAGAGAAUCGGUGGCCGAAAAAUCUCCUUUGCCCUCCAAGGAAGCUUCCAGACCAGCUUCCGUUGCAGAAAGUGUUAAGGACGAAGAUGAGAAGUCUAAGGAAGAAUCUAGGAGAGAAUCGGUGGCCGAAAAAUCUCCUUUGCCCUCCAAGGAAGCUUCUAGACCAGCUUCCGUUGCAGAAAGUGUUAAGAAUGAAGCAGAGAAGUCUAAGGAAGAAUCACCUUUGGCCUCUAAGGAAGCUUCCAGACCAGCAUCCGUUGCAGAAAGUGUAAAGGAUGAAGCUGAAAAGUCCAAGGAAGAAUCUAGGCGAGAGUCGGUGGCCGAAAAAUGUUCUUUGCCCUCCAUGGAAGCUUCCAGACCAGCUUCCGUUGCAGAAAGUGUUAAGGACGAAGCUGAGAAGUCUAAGGAAGAAUCACUGUUAGCUUCUAAGGAAGCUUCCAGGCCUACUUCCGUUGCAGAAAGUGCUAAGGACGAGGGUGAGAAAUCUAAGGAGGAAUCUAGGAGAGAAUCGGUGGCCGAAAAAUCUCCUUUGCCCUCCAAGGAAGCUUCCAGACCAGCUUCCGUUGCAGAAAGUGCUAAGGACGAGGGUGAGAAAUCUAAGGAAGAAUCUAGGAGAGAAUCGGUGGCCGAAAAAUCUCCUUUGCCCUCCAAGGAAGCUUCCAGACCAGCUUCCGUAGCAGAAAGUGUUAAGGACGAAGAUGAGAAGUCUAAGGAAGAAUCUAGGAGAGAAUCGGUGGCCGAAAAAUCUCCUUUGCCCUCCAAGGAAGCUUCUAGGCCAGCUUCCGUUGCAGAAAGUGUUAAGAAUGAAGCAGAGAAGUCUAAGGAAGAAUCUAGGCGAGAGUCGGUUUCCGAAAAAUCUCCUUUGGCCUCUAAGGAAGCUUCCAGACCAGCAUCCGUUGCAGAAAGCGUUAAGGACGAAGCUGAGAAGGCAGGAGGGGCAGCGAAUGACAAGUCACAGGAUGCAUCCCUCCCAGAGUCUGUGGCAGUAAGUGCCAAGGACGAGAAAUCACCGCUUCUUUCGCGUCCUGAAUCAGUGGCUGACAAGUCGCCAGCUGCCUCGAAGGAAGCAUCUCGCUCUGCAUCGGUUGCCGAAACCGCCUCAUCACCCAUUGAAGAAGGUCCACGAUCCAUUGCUGACCUCAGUCUGACCCUUAACCUUGCAGGUGAAGCUAAGGGCAAGCUUCCAACUCUUUCGAGUCCCAUUGAUGUGGCAGAAGGAGACUUUUUAGAAGUAAAAGCGGAAUCCUCCCCGCGGCCAGCUGCACUUUCGAAGCCAGCGGAGUUUUCGCAGUCCGAUACUGCGCAUACAGCCUCCACACCCGUGGACGAGGCUUCUCCCGUUCUGGAGGCAAUCGAAGUAGUUGAACAGCAUACCACCUCUGGAGUCGGAGUCACGAGGGUAACAGCAGAAACGGACCUACUUGACCUGACUGAAACCAAAUCCGAGACUGUAACCAAGCAAUCGGAGACAACGUUAUUUGAAACCCUUACCUCGAAGGUUGAAAGUAAGAUGGAAGUACUGGAGAGCACGGUGAAACAAGUUGAAGAGAUAGUCCAGACCUCAGUAAAGCAAGCAGAAACCACUGUGACCGAUUCCUUGGAGCAACUGACCAAGAAGAGCAGUGAGCAGUUGACAGAGAUCAAUUCAGUGCUAGACACCAACGUCAGCAACGUAACCAACUUAUUUAGCACUGCAGUGGAAACCGUUGAAAAGAAAGUACAGGACGUGACAGAAAAAGUAAUUGAGAAGGCAACCGAACACGUUUCCGAGCACGUCACCACUACUGCUGAGAGCUCAACGGAAACUAGCCAGGAGAAGAGCAGCCUGGAUCUGGGCACAUUCUCGGAGCUGCGCGAAACGCAUAUUACCACCGUGGGGUCACCGGAAUUCACGGUCACGAUCUGCGAGCGCGAUGAGCCCGUGCUGCACGACAUCAAGGAGGAGGACGAGGAGCAUCGCUUCUCGCCUCCGAGCGAUGGGGACAAGGCAGUAAUUAUUCCACCACAGCCGAUGCGGCCGCUGUCACCGCGCGAGGAAGAAGUAGCGAAAAUCGUUGCCGAUGUGGCCAAGGUACUGAAGUCCGACAAGGACAUUACAGACAUCAUACCCGACUUUGAUGAACGCCAACUGGAGGAGAAACUGAAGUCAACUGCCGACACAGAGGAGGAGUCCGACAAAAGUACCCGGGACGAGAAAUCCCUGGAAAUAUGCGUCAAAGUAGAAAUCGAGUCUGAGAAGUCAUCGCCCGAUCAGAAGUCUGGCCCCAUUUCCAUCGAGGAGAAGGAUAAAGUCGAGCAAUCAGAAAAAGCACAGUUGAGGCAGGGAAUAUUGGCUAUCAGUCGGCCGGAGUCGCCCUCCCCUUCCCAGUCAGCAGCCAGCCAUGAACAUAAGGAAAUGGAAAUUCAGGCUAAGAAACAGUCAUCCCCUGUUCCCAGCAAGGAUGAGUAUGGACGCGAGUCCGUGCUAUCACAGAGCCAUAAAGCUGAGAUGUCUUCUCGCCCAGAGUCCGUUGCCAGCCAGGUCAGCGAAAAGGACAUGAAGACAUCGCGCCCAGCAUCUAGCACCAGCCAAUUUAGCACCAAGGACGGCGAUGAGGAGACGACUGAGUCGCUAAUUCACUCGCUUCCUACCACAGAGACAGUGGAGACGAAACAGAUGGAAGAGAAAUCGAGCUUUGAGUCUGUCUCCACUUCAGUCACUAAGUCCACAGUCCUCUCUAGUCAGUCAACUGUUCAACUUCGCGAAGAGUCCACCAGCGAAUCGUUAAGUAGCAGCCUUAAGGUGGAGGACAGCUCCCGCCGCGAGUCGCUCUCCAGCUUGUUGGCCGAGAAAGGAGGAAUCACUAACAACACUAGUUUGAAGGAGGACACUAGCGCUUCGGCAUCUCAGCUGGAUGAGCUGCUUGUGCAGUCCGAGGAGUGCUCAUCAGAGUCAAUCGUCAGCGAGAUUCAAACCAGCAUUGCUCAGAAGUCAACUAAGGAAACCAAGGAUGCUAGGGAAACCAAAGUAACCAGCCAGUUUACCACUAGCACCAGCAGCGCCACCAAAGACGAUAGCUUAAAGGAAACUGUGGCCGAGUUUCUGGCCACCGAGAAGAUUGUUUCUGCCAAGGAAGCCUUCAGCACUGAAGCCACUAAGUCGGCCGACGACUGCUUGAAGAAGGCCACCGCCAGCACCGUCUCCAGCACAACCGCCUCCCAGCGAGCGCUAUUCGUGGGCACGGACGAAUCACGGAGGGAGUCUCUGCUGAGUCAGGCAAGUGAGAGCCGCUUGACCCACAGUGAUCCUGAAGAUGAGGAACCCGCUGACGACGUUGACGAGCGGUCCAGUGUUAAGGAGAGCCGUUCCAAGUCUAUUGCUACCAUCAUGAUGACCAGCAUCUACAAACCUUCCGAGGAUAUGGAGCCAAUUUCAAAGCUCGUAGAGGAGGAGCACGAGCACGUGGAGGAGCUGACUCAGGAGGUCACCUCUACCAGCAAGACCACAACUCUUUUGCAAUCCAGCGAACAGAGCAGCAGCACAACCACCAGUAGCACCAGCAAGACCGGUGCCUCAAGGGUGGAGUCCAUUACACUCACACAAAUGGAUCAGCAGACUAGCCAGAGUCAGGCCGAGCCUGCCGAUCGCAAGACACCGCCAACGGCACCAGUAAGUCCCGGUGUCAAAGCAAUGAGUUCGACAGGAUCAGCUGGAUCUGUGAUUGGGGCUGGAGCCGUAGCCGCCGGUGGAAAGUGCGAGUCGAGUGCCGCCAGCAUCGUCUCUUCAUCGGGCCCGAUGUCGCCCAAGGACAUCAGCGGCAAAUCCAGUCCCGGUGCGCUCACUUCGGAGAGCCAGUCAAUUCCCACUCCGCUAGGUCGGGAGUCGCAUACGGACACCCCAGAAUCCUCGCCAAAACCCACAUCGCCUUUCCCGCGCGUUAGCAAGGACGAGCUUAAGUCUCUGGAAAUGCAGCACCACGAGCAUGAGCAGAUGUUAGCAGGAGCAGCCGCUACAGCCGGAGCUGAGUGUGAGGGUGACAUUCCCGAGCUGCACGAACUGCGUGGACUCGAGUGCACCACAGCCCUCAGCGGGAGCACCGACAAGAUAAUCACCACCACAAUCACCACGGUGACCAAGGUAAUUUCGGCGGAUGGCAAGGAAAUAGUAACCGAGCAAAAGACGGUGACAACCACAGACAGCUCGGAGCCCGACAGCGAAAAGGUAGUGGUGACCACAACGCGCACUACCAGCGAGAGCGAACGAGACCAGCUGCUGCCCAAAGAGGUGGCGCUGCUGCGCGGCCUGUACCGCGCCAGCACCCCGGGCAGCGAGGACGACGAGGACCUGCUACUAGGAUCGCCGCGCAGUGCCACCAGCUACGAGCUGCAACACUCUAGCUCCGGUGUGAGCAAGCGCUCCGAUCUGGAUGCUUACGGCGACGAGAGCCAGGAUGACAUUCCUCCUCAGUAUGGCAGCGAGGAGCACUCAACGGCACGAUCGAUUCUUCUGCCUCGCACAGCCGACCCAAUGGCCACCUCCUUCUACGGCGCCCUGCCCGACAGUUUCGACGUUGUGAUGAAAUCCAGCACCGAACCAAUCCCGAUCCAGGGCGCACCGACCGGCGAUAGCCAGUCGUCGGAGAGUGUGGAGAGCAGUAGCCAGACCUGGGCAGGACACAAGUUCCUCGACCAGGCAGACAAGGACUUCCAGCGAGCACUUGAGGAGCACGUACAGGCGCGCGGCGCCGAGGUCAUGUCUUCCGUCACCGCCAAGUACUCGUACUCGCCUUCGAAGGCCGAGGAAAUGGAACAGAUCGUGAGCGGCACUGCGGAACGGCAGCGCUUCCCGCUCAGCGAUGUCCAGCGAGCCCGUGUGGCGGAGAGUGGUUUUGCCACAGUUGGCAGUGUCGCCUCCCAGCAACAGCAGCAGGAGAAAGGAGAGGAAGUGGAACAAGACGUCCCUACCACAACUGCAGCAACAGCAAGCACCACAGCCACAGCGAGUUCCACUGGAGCUCUGCCCAAGGACCGCCUCGAGGAGUGGGGCAAGCCCCUAGGCCUGCCAUCACCAGCACCACUGCCUGUAGAGGGCGGUGCUGACAUUCGCACCACUCCCAAGAAGGAACGCCGCCUGGUGGCCACCAAGACGCGUCUGAACAACGAGAAGAACCUGCGCAGGCGCAGCGAAUCACCCAACAAGGCCGGCAAAAAGCCAGCGCCCGUCUACGUGGACCUCACAUACGUGCCGCACAACGGCAACUCCUACUACGCCCACGUGGACUUCUUUAAGCGUGUGCGAGCGCGCUACUACGUCUUCUCCGGCACGGAACCCAGUCGCCAAGUGUAUGAUGCGCUGCUCGAGGCCAAACAGACAUGGGAGGACAAGGAGUUGGAGGUCACCAUUAUACCUACGUACGACACUGAUGUGCUAGGUUAUUGGGUGGCUGAAAACGAGGAGCUGCUAGCCAAGCACCGCAUCGACCUCUCGCCCUCCGCGUCUCGUUGCACCAUCAACCUGCAGGACCACGAGACCUCGUGCUCGGCCUACCGCCUGGAGUUCUAGGCCACGGGCUUGUUUAUUGCAUUCGACGAUGACUAAGCCAACCCACAACGCACCCAGCCAUAGACGCAGACGAGCCGAGCACUGCCAGAGAAUUAAGUCCAUGUACGGACUACAAAGUGCAUGGACUCGAGCUCUGACACGACAAGAACCAAGACUAGGACUAGGACCAGCACAACGACGACCACAGCAAGAGGAGAAGGAUUGGGAUGGAGAUCCGAAUGGGAAUGACAGUUCAGACAAUUCAAUUGGCCAAGUUUCGUGAGCAGGAGCCGCAGGAAACGGAAAUGAGCCGCACGUUGGCUGAUAUGGCGGAGUUUGGGUCACGCGAAUGACUCCAUUUUGUUUACCAAUGCCGCCUAUUGAGCUUUCGACGACUUGUUUCGGCCGACCAAAAGCUACGUAAUUAAUUGAUAUUAAGUUUUAAAAAUUAAUUACCAAAAGAUGCAUUGCAACCGAUCCUCAGUGGUUUAGUCGAGGAGAAGCCAUUUAUGUCGCUUUCAUUGCAUAACGUCAAGCUACCUUGCCUAGUAAUCCAAAGAUCAAAAUAGUUUUCAAAACCGCAUAGCUAAAAUAUACAAAGGAGAAACGAAAGGAGAAAAGAAGGCGAGAAAAUACUAAGAAAAGACACACUCUAUACAUAUAUAGAGUACUUAAUAUUCAUGUUUAAUAUAUGUAUUAGUCGAAACUUUUACGAACCCUCUCGUAUGGUCUCCCCAUACCAAAGGUAUUUGAAUUUUAAAGCGAGCAUUAGCUAAUUGAACGUGUAUAACCCGCAAAGUCAGAGCUCUUUAGCCGUAGGAUAAUAAGCGAUCAUAAUACAGAACGAAGAUCGGAGACGGAUUCACUACCCGCCCUUCGGACUUAACUGAAUCAAACGUUAGGGCUAACAAGUGAUUGCAACAAAGAUUCUUUUUUCGAUUUACCCCUUACCGAAGCAAAUACAGUAUCCGAGAGUCGGGAUUCAGGAUUCGAUAACCUCAAUAUAUAAGUAAUUCCAGAUCCAAUCGUUUUCGUAGUCCGUUCUCACCGUUUAGUUUCGUAUGUUUUUCUUUGCAUUUCGUUUCGUUGUUUCAGCAGGCAGCCGCAGAAAGACUUAUAAUCCAACUUGCUAUAGCGACCGAUAUACGUACACCUCCACUCCCACAUAGGAGACUUAAGGAAGAUGAGAAACGAACUGACACUGGGAUUUGGGGAUUGGGAACUGGAGUGGCGGGGUGAUGCAGUUAGGAAACGAAGGGUCCUAAAGCAUCCUAACGCCAUUGCCGGAGGAUCAGGGAAGCAAGAAGGUGAUCAAAGUAUUGGAUGAAGACGAUGACGAGGACGGUAGAGUCAAUGCUGAUGUUACUAUGUAAGGAUCUGAGUGAUCUAAAUGGGCUUAGGAAUAGGACUAGAACUGGGCUUGUGAUGGGGCGGGAGUCUUGGGUUGGGUGGGUUGGUAUCCGGGUUGGGGUUGGGGUCGAAUAGAAUGGAAUGGGAUUUAAUGGAUGGAUGAGGGGACAGUGAAACAGCUAUUGUGAGAUUAAAACGAGAAUGAGCAGAGUCAUAACUAUAUACUCGUACGAUACGAUAAAUAUGAAGUACACAAAGUGAACGAAGGUUAUUUUUCUAUAUUUUUUUUACUUUUCAUAGUCAUAGAAUAACAAAUUUGCAACAAACAAACAAGAACAAGGAAGAUAAAUAUGCAGCAAGACGCGAACCAGGCACACAGGCAAUUUUAAUCAAUGUAACCAGUAACCAGUUACCAGUAUCGAAGAAACAAACGGAACAAGCAAUUCGAGGCCACAGCAAAACAGUCCAAAAGAGCCAGUUACAAUUAUAAAUUAAAGACUCGAGUGGUCGGAUGCCCCACUCGAGACAGACUUUUUAGGCUACGCGUAUAUUUUUUAGUUGCUUUUUAUAUACAACAGCAACAGAUCUGGGAGGAGCUGCGGCCGAUCAACUUUCAGUAUGCAACAUGCCACAUGCAACAUGCAACAGGCAGACCGCAGCAGACAACAGUCAACUGGCAACCGUCCAGUCUACACCGUUUGAUAGCAACCAGCGAAAUUUAAGCAAAAUUAUACACACGUAGGGCUAAGAGGGGCGGUGCGGGUCGGUGCGGGCGUACGACUAGGGCGGAUCACGAUCCUCAUUGGCGCUCCCGUCCGACCAGCACUCGACUUUCGAUUAUUGGGUAGCAUUGCAGUCUCCGCUCCGAGGAUUUUAAAUUUAUAACCGAGAAAAACGAAACACGAAGUUUAUUAAACAUUAAUUACUUUCCAAAUUCGUGCGCUUAGCGAGCAAAACCAAAACCAAAAACAAACCGAAGGAGGUUAAGAUAAAGAAUACUCACACAUGAACUAUAUACACUAUAUAUGAAUAUAUAUAUACGCAUAUAUAUAUAUAUGUACUUGAGCGUAUUGAUGUUGCUUAACAAGAAAAACCAAAAAAAAAAAAAAAAAAACUCUUCUCCCAGCCAGAAGACAUUUUUUGCCUUUCACGAAACGAAUUUCCCCUAAGAUACGAAAAUAUGAAAACUUGUUACCUUUGCCCCCGUUUGUUUGCGACAUGAGUUUCGUUGAAAUCAGGUCAGAUCAGAUCAGAUCGACUAUACAUACACGAUACACUACACACUACAAACCACACACUGCACACUAACAUAUAUUGUACCCAACACAUGAAGCCACACGCACACGUAUCCAUUGCCUUAUAUCCAGAGAACAGAUAUCUGCAUCAUACCUUAUAUUAGUCUAAGAAUCAAGUACGAUAUGUAUGACCUAUGAGAGUUUGUUUGUUGAAUUUGCUUUUACUUUUUAGCAGCUUCGAUUUAAAUCAAAUAUACAUACUAAAUGCACACACCCCCGCACACACACACUGCUCGCGUAGGUGGUGUGCUCGUGGUGUGGUGUGUGUGGGCCCGUGUGUGCUCUAUAUAAUCAUUAGUACAGCAAGUGCAUGCAGAAAGUAAGAUUGUUACAAACAAGAGCCCAGCCGAGGUAUCGCUUACUGGCGGAUGAAGUAGUCACAUGGCUAGGCCCGACCAGGGAAGGAGUAGGAGUCGGUACGUAGGGACGAGCGAGCCAGCACAAAGAUCUGAAAAUGGGCAGAGGUUACCGCGAAGGAAUAUAUAUGUAUUACAUUUUAUGAAACGUCAAGCUUAUCUCAAGAACUAUUUCCAAAACAAAAUCUGAAAUUAUAAUAAACGUAUUUAUGUGAA